UGACGUCACGCCGCUGUUGACUGCUCGAGCCGAAGGCCGUGGGGCUUGAACCCCAACAACAACAACAACGCCGCCGCCGCCACCAGCAGCAUCGCAGAGGAGAGAACAGCGACAGUAACAAACAACCACCGCCGCGACGAGCAGGGCAGAGAACACGGCGGCCACAAGGAGGCGAGGCUUGUGGGGAGCGCAGCCAUGCCGUGGUACUUCCCGUGGCCGGACUCGAUCAAGAAGCGCGCGUGCCGCUACCUGCUGCAGCUCUACGUGGGCCACCUCCUGGAGGAGAAGCUCACGCUCCAGCAGCUCAGCGUGGACCUCUACGGCGGCACGGGCUCCCUGCGCCACGUCGCGCUCGACGUGUGGUCCCUCAAUGAGAUGCUGGACUCGGUGAAUGCUCCCCUGGAGAUCACCGAUGGCUACAUCGAAUCCAUCUCCGUGUCCAUCCCCUGGUCGGCUCUGCUGCUUGAGAACUCCACAGUGGAGGUGCGGGGUCUGCGCCUCACACUCAGGCCCAAGGCACCCACCGUAUCGGUGGUGGAGUCUCUCUACUGGUCCACGUGCAUGACCAGCAGCAUGCAGCUGGCGCAGGAGUGCCUGAAGCAGCAGCCGGGGGACGAGCAGCCAGACUGCGCCACACAGCAGUUUGAGGGCCUUGAGGUCUUCGCUCAGACCAUUGACACUGUGCUGCGACGAGUCAAGUUGGCCUUCCUCGACACGGUGGUGCGCGUGGAGCACGUGCGGGACAACGCCAAGAGCGGCGUCGCGCUCGAGCUGCGCAUCAAACGCAUGGAUUACUGCGACGAGGCGGCGUGCGAGGAGGUGGGGGACCUGGGCCCCGGCGGCGUGCUAGGCGAGCACGUCGACCUGCACCACCCGGCCGCCUUCGCGCGCAAGACGCUGCGCCUCGUGGACGUCGACGUCUUCUGCCAGGAGAUCCCGGCGGAGGCCCGGACGCCGCCCCGCACGCCGCCCUCGCACCAGGACACGGAGCCCAAGCUGUCGCCGUCGUGGAACCCGCGCAUCGUGUCCGAGCCACACCCGCAGUUCUCGCUGUCUCCCACGGGGAGCGCGGCGGGGCUGCGCAGCGAGCCCGUGGACGACGACGCGGCCGCCCCCCUUAUCACGCCGCCGCCACCCCUGCAGGUGGCGAGCUGUGCCGGCGCGGUGGAGGUCAAUGUUCAGCUGAAGCAGAACGAGGCCCUGCCUGGGCCGAAGCUGGAGGUGAAGGCGAGCAUGGGCUCGCUGAACGUGUUCGCGUCCCCAAGGCAAGCCCACCUGCUGCUCGACCUCUUCUCCGUGCUCUGGGGCCCAGAUGGCGGCUGCCUGCGGGAGACGCUGGGCAGGAGCCGCCCCAUGCAGUCGGUGGACAUGCGCCGCAUCGAAUCCCAGCUGCACCGGCAGUUGGCGGAGCGGCAAGGGGAGCACGUGGGGCGGCACGUGGGGCGCGGCGGUGCUCAGGACGACGCAGCCGGCCUCACUCACAGGAUGGCGCCGGCAUGUAGGGAGGAUGAGUUUUUCUCGAUGGCGGACAUGUCGGGGAGUGUGGGGUCCCUGCCCCCACUUGGAGAGCCCCCCGAGGUCGACCUGGACACGUCCUUCAGCAGCAGCACCAGCGGAGGCCGGCAGUGGGGGGUGGCGCAGCAGCCGCUGAGGGUCCGCGACGGAGACACGAGGCACAGCACACCGCACAGCAGCGUGCCCCUGACAGACGACCAGUCCCUCAAGCCCGAGCUGGUGCUUCACCUGGAGCUGAGCAGCGCCUCGGCCACGGUGCUGCACAUCGACCCACUGCCCAGCACCACGGGCGGCUCCGUGGGCGGGGACCAGGGCGCGGGGGGAGAGGGGUUGGGGGAUGGUGCCCUCCAACCCCCCGAGGGCCCUCUCGCCGCCAUGUCGCGCCAGUUCUUCCGGGAGAUGGAGGAGUUCGGCGGGAAAGACUUUGCGCAGCUGAGAGAAAAGUUUGCAAAGGCGUGCCCACAUGACCACUUCAGGCUGGUGGGCACUUCGGUGCGCACGACGGUGAAGCAGCACGUGGGCGUGGCGGGGCGGCAGCAGGAGGCCAAGGUGUCGGUGGGCUCGCUCGAGGUGCUGGAGUGUCUGUUUGAGACGCAGGACCCGGCCAGCCUACUGGUGAACAUCAACGAGCCGCAGUACACCGAGGUGCUGGCGUUUGAGUAUGGGGACGAGGGAAUAGAGCAAGGGGAGACUGAACCAUCCCCUUGCCUGCGCGUGUUGUACAAUAGCCUGCAGCAGACGUCCGUGCAGGGUGGACGCGGCAGAGGCUCCACCCCAGCUCCCAAGGCGACCCUCACAGUCGACCUGGGCCGUGCGAAGUGUGAAUUUGACAUCAGUGUCGUCGACCGAUUGAGCUCCGUGCUGCACCCGCAGCCCACACAGAGCGGGGAGACAAUGAGCUCUCACAUGUACAUGUCCUACAACCCAUUGACCAGCAUGACGCGCGCCUUCACGCAGGUGCUGAUGGACGACGAGGCCUCCGCGGCCGCCGAGCGGCGCACGACGCUGGUGGCUCGCGCCCCGUCUCUCCGUCUCGCCGUGCGCUUCCCCAUCCCGGACCUGCGGCCGCUGCAGGAGCGGGGGCCGUGGUUCCGCAAGUCGCUGCGGCCCGAGGUGCUGCGCAUCGACCUCACCGAGCUGGACCUGCAAGCAGAGCUGGGCGGCGGAGCGGCCGUGGCGGUCGGCUCUGCCGACCGGCGGCACUACCACCUGCAGUUCCGCGAGCUGCACGGCUUGUUUGAGGAGGGUGGAAUGCGCCCGCCGGUCCCGUUCCUACGCGUGUCCCCUCCAGAGGCCGAGCUCAACUCAAGCUCGGAGCAUGCGCGCUUUGACUGGCCACGGGUGGUGCUGAGCGUGAACUCGCAGGCGGAGCGCUCCGUGCUGGAGCCGGCUCUGGAUAUGGCCGACGAGCCCCCGCAGGGUUCCCUGGACGACGCCUGCACCCUCAACGGCUCCGCUGAGCCGUCACCGUUCUCCUCGCGCCGCGUCAUGUUCGAGAACGAGGAGAUGGUGAUGCCGGGGGAUGCUGCGGAAAUGCUGGAGUUCCAGGAGAAGGCGAUGGGUGACUCUCACUUCGUGCUGGAGCUCACACUGCCCAACCUCAACGUGAUGCUGCCCAGCAAAGCAUUCUACGAGCGCCUCUACAACCGCAUCAACAACAACCUGCUGCUGUGGGAGCCGGCGGCGCCGCUGCCGUUGGAGACUGUGGAGAGCGCGGUGCUGGGCCCCGGCGGGGGUGGCCCGCCAGGCCUGUCAGUGGCGAGCCAGCUCAUCAGCUCCUCCUUCAAUCACGACGCGUUCCUGCUCUGCAAGUCGGGCAUGCACGACGGUGACUCGGAGUCGGGCUCCGAGGACGACGAUGACCUGGGGGGGUUUAUGGGGGGGGGCGAUGCCAUGUGGCGUCACCCGCGACGGAGGAGAGCGGGCGGCAUGGGUGGCCUGGGCCUCGCGGACGCCGGCGGAGCAGUGGGACCAGGAGGAGGUGGAGGAGGCGGUUGCGGUGGUCGUCGCAAGCAGAGUUUAUUCUCCAUGCUCGUCAACAUCGGCCGCGGGCGCGUCACGGCGCACACCGCCACCAAGGACGAGGAAGGCCGUGUGGCGUGUGGCCGGCACGGCGAGGUGAGCGUGGACGUGGAGGGCACCAGCGUGUUCAGCGUGGUGCAGCAUGCCGGCCGGCCCGACUUGCGCUACGUGUGCAUGCAGGCCAACCGCGUGGGCCUGCAUCACCGUGCCAGCGUAGAGAAUACCCAGAACCCCCCUCGCGGCAGAAUGGAAGCCGCCCCACGCUCCCCACCUCCAGGCAUGGAGCAGACCAUCUACCGCUCAGAGGAGGGGGUGUUGGGGCGCGCCACAGGACCGGUGGGCACUGGCGGUGACUCUCUGAACAUGCUGGCCCUGGCCAUCAAGAUCAGCGCUGACCCCAAUAUGGAGAAGCUGAAGGAGUUCUUGGUAGCCGUGGGGCUGCGUGGAGCCACUCUGCGCUACCGUCCGUCGCUCGCCGGGCAGAGCUGGCACGAGCAGGUGCUGGACUUCCUGGACGUGCGGGACGAGACGGUGCUGGGCUACUCGGCACCCGACGUCAUCACGGUGCUGCACGCGCACCUGUGGAGCUGCGCCGUGGACUACAGGCCCCAGUACCUUCCUCUCCGGGCGAUGAUCACGGCUGAGACGUUUAGCGUUUCCAGCAACAUCAUCGUCGACACAUCUACCUCGUUACUACGGUUCAUCAUCGACGACUCGGCGCUCUACCUCUCGGAAAAGAUCAACGCCUCCUCCGUGGACCUCCGAAAAAACUACGUGUGCGUGCUGGACAUGGGCCUCCUGGAGCUCCAGAUCACCACCAGAAGCCCCUCCAAGGACUCCACCACCAUGACGCAGCCCAAGUUCGAGCUGUGCUGCUCCAACGACAUCAUCCACGUGCGCACGUGCGCCGACUCGUGCGCCGCUCUCAUGAGGCUCAUCCAGUAUUUCGCCGGCGACGGGGACCUCGCCCCCCCACAGCGGCUGGAAGACCCCUCCGACCGGGCCCCCUCAAGUCUGGACAGCCAAAGCCCUGUCGCAGCUCCAUGCGCCGCUGCGCCUGAUCCUGAUCGAUCGUCUCUCAGUGACCUCAUGGUCGAUGCCAUGGAGGAGUCGGAGCCAGCAGGGUCUCCCCCCAACGUCCACACAAAUGGCUUCGACGACUCGACGCAGCCGCAGUCGGGCGAGGAGCCGGUGUCCGACCUCUUCCUCUUCCCGGACGAGAACGGCUCGAAGGCAUCGCGGGCCGCCGGCGGCGGUGCCGCCCCCCCCACGGCGGGGCGACCGUCGCACGCACGGCCGUCGCACAAGAAGACCCCGCUCGCUCGUCGCGCCGGCCCCAGCCUCGCCCCUCCCGCUCCCACGCUCGGUUUCGCAUUUGGGUCCGGGUUGCCGACGCAGACCACUGGCGCGGCGGUGGCCGCCACCCCCUCCUCCUCGUCGUCCUCGUGCUGCUCCUCGUCAUCCGCGUCACCCGUACCGCCCCCUCGCGUCAGGGCUCGGCCGUCCCCAGUGGUCGGCCUGAUGGAAACGGGACGCGGCGGCGGCGCCAGGAGGGACGAGGGCAGAGACGAUGACGGAGCCGCGGCCCGUGGCGGCGAUGGAGAUGACGGCGGCGAUGGAGACGUUGACGAUGAUGACGACCUCCCGGACGAUGACGAGUUCUGCAUCCUGGAGGCCCCAGGGAUUGGGAUUCCGGCGCGUGACGGCGAGCCCGUUGUGAAGCGACUCGUGGAGGACACCAUCGAGCUGCGGGAUGAACAUUUCUCACGGCCGCUGGGCCGUGCGGACGUGUUGCGGCCGCCCGCGCGCUUCCCCGUCCCGCUGGCGCGCUACACGCUGCGCGAGGUCUCCGUCACGUGGCACCUCUACGGCGGGCGCGACUUCGGACCCGCGCUCUCCUACUCCACGGCAGCGCACGCGUACGGACACAAGACGGGGGGCGGCAUUCCGAGCCCGCGGGGGUCUCCGCACCGCGCCCCCUCGGGGUCCAAGCCCCCCCGCUCAUCGUGGCAGACCCACGGGGGCCCUGCACGCAACCACGACGUGCUCAUGGAGGUGCAGCUCAACAAGGUUCGGUUCCAGCACGAGGUGUACUCCGAGCCGCUCUCUGGCAUCCAGCAGCUGGGUGGUGAAGGUGGUGGUGGCGGUGGUGGCAGAACUGCUGCUGCUGCAGGAGGCGGUAGCUGCCCCGUGUCGGCAGCGCCGGACCAGCCCGUGUCUCGCCAGGUGUUCAUCGUGCAGGACCUGGAGGUCCGGGACCGCCUCGCCUCCUCGCAGAUCAACAAGUUCCUUUACCUCUACACCAGCGAGAAGAUGCCACGCAAGACACACGCCAACAUGCUGACCCUGAAAGCUCUUCACCUGCGCCCAGAGAGCGGCCUCGCCACGCAGGAGUGCUGCCUCAGGGUGUCCCUCAUGCCCCUGCGUCUCAACAUCGACCAGGAUGCUCUCUUCUUCCUCAAGGACUUCGCGUCGAGCGUUUCGGCCGCCGUGGAGCCGCCCACUCCCGACAACGCCGCCGACGGCCGCAGGUCUCCGUCGGCGGACGGAGGGACGAGCCCCGCACGGCACCCGUCGCAGCCGGCGCCCGUCAUGACGUACCCAGCGCAACCGCUCGCCCCCUCGAUGCUCGGCCCCAUGCCGCUCACGGACGCCCCAGCCUUCAGCGCCCCCGCUGGCGGGACUCCCUCGGAGGGCACUCCCGGUGAUAUUGGGGGGGGCGGCCCUCCCGGAGAGCUUCCCAUCUUCUUCAGGGAGUUUCGCUUUACUUCAGAGGUGCUGAUUCGCCUCGACUACCACGGCAAGCACGUGACGAUGGAGCAGGGAACAUUUGCAGGAAUCCUCAUCGGGCUCGCUCAGCUCAACAACUCGGAGCUGAAACUGAAACAGCUCUGCUACCGGCACGGCUUGCUGGGUGUGGAGCGUCUUGUGGCCUACGCAGCGAGCGAAUGGGUCAACGACAUCCGCAAGAAUCAGCUGCCCGGCAUCCUGGGAGGCGUGGGGCCCAUGCACUCACUCGUGCAGCUGGUGCAAGGCAUGAAGGACCUCGUGUGGCUGCCCAUCGAGCAGUACCGCAAGGACGGCCGCAUCGUGCGCGGCAUCCAGCGUGGAGCCGCCUCCUUCGGCACCUCCACUGCCAUGGCCGCCCUGGAGCUCACCAACCGCCUCGUGCAGACCGUGCAGGCGGCUGCUGAGACUGCCUACGACAUGCUGUCCCCGGGGCCCAGCGUAGCCCGCAGGCCCAUCGCGGGGGCCCCCACAUUCCCCCAGCAUCGCGUCGCUCAGCCGCCCGCCGACCUGCGCGAGGGCGUCGCCAAGGCCUACGACGUCGUCAGGGAGGGGGUGACGGACACCGCGCAGACGCUCUACAUGGUAUGCGCGCGGGAGCACGAGCAGAAGGGCGUAACGGGCGCCGUGGGUGGCGUCCUGCGGCAGAUCCCGCCCACCGUGGUGAAGCCGCUAAUCGUGGCGAGCGAGGCCACCGCCAACGUGCUGGGCGGCAUGCGCAACCAGAUCCAGCCGGACGCGCGGCGAGAGCACUCGCAGAAGUGGCGGCACAAGGAUGACUAGCGGCGGUGGCGGGCGCGGGACGGCCUUGCGGGUGUGGGGGGGUGGGGAGUGGGGGGGCGACACGGGGGCAGGGACCAGCAGGUGCGUCCAGUGGUGAAUACGGAGGGACGAGUAGUUGGGAUGCCGCCAUGCACGACCGGUGGGAUGAUGAGGAGAGGCGCAGGAACGACCGGGGGUGACCUGGCUCAAUCUCCAUCGGCUCGCCGCGACGGUCUACGAGGCCACCUCUUGGCCUCUCGGCUGGGCCCUUCCCCAUGGGGGCCGAUUGGCGCGGAGUGUUCGACUCCACGUUACGUGCCCGCUGUCUUUAUCCGGGUUUUCCUGUGGCAUCACCAACGGUUGAAAUCUGUCGCGUGCCCACUUUUACAAAAUGAUGGCCCGGUACGGAAUUCACCGGUUCUUUUAGUGUGAAUCGAACCUUGGCCCUCCGUGCUCACCGGGUUCAGUGGAGAUGGCACCGAUCUAUAGGCUCAAACCUGACUGCCCACAACCCGAGGUUGCUGAGAAUGAGGACUGCCAAUCGGCGGUCAGUAGGUAACCCCCUGUAAUUAUGCACUGCUGCGGAGAAUCGUGGGCAACGCAAAAUAAGCGUGAUCUGUGUAUAUUGCAAUUGACUCUGAGAAUAGGUGCUCGCUAACAGGCACCCCUCCUGACGGCAGUAUCCAGCUGAAUGGGUGAAGUAAUUGGCAUCUGGCGCUGCCAGCCCCGAUGUAGCACUCGCAUUCAGACUGGGGCCAUAUUCGCUUUUUUUUAGGGUUGCUGGGUUCAAUGAACGAAACAUAUUUCCUCUGCCCAAAUAAUGAAGAAUAUUAUUAUUAGACGAAUUAAAGAUAAGUGGUAAGGGAGUUUGGGUUAUAGCCAGAGUGAAUUGACGUUUGAUUAAUCAACCAAUUUGCAUUCCCGUUCAACGUGCACAUUUGGUCGUUCAUUGUUGUUAGAGUUUUUGUUUUGAUUGCCAAGCAAUUGCCAAAAUUAUUACAAUUUAUGAUUUUGGGCCAUUGCAUUAGCAUGAAGUAGGCUACCAUGAGAGCGCUGUGGUGGUGAUGAUUACGACUGAAUUGGUGGUUUUGGUGAUGUCACAGGGUCUUCGGUGUCUGUACUCGCGGCAGAUAAGACACUGUUGUUGACAGCGGUGGUGAUGAUGAUGACUCAAGGGUUUGGGUUACCCGACAAGGCCUUGCUUUAUGAUGUUUUGCGUGACUUCACAAAGAUGCGUUAAACUGUCAAGUGUUAGUUACAGACACUUGAAUUCAUAUUCAAGUACAAUACAAAUAUAAUUUAGGUUAAAUCUGUUACCCGGAAAAACCUCCCUGAGUCUCGUAAUGACAUUUGUUUCGAGAUUUGGGGGAGGGGGGGAGUCUGCUUUUGGGUGCUUUGCCAAUUAAUUUUUUUAUUUCUUUUUUUUUCUGAAAUUUUGUUUGUGGGAAGAGGCCGGAGUUCCUGGAGAAGACCCCCGCACACACACACACGAGGAAAGAACACGCAAACAUCGACGAACUCGUUGUGAAAUCAGGGACCUGCUGCGUGAUGUGCCCCAAUAACUCACGCUUACGGUCACAGUACUGCUCACGCUGCUCCUGUAUAAGCUUUAUAGACGUAGCAAUUAACACGCUCGUUUGUGGAGACGCUAUCCGUCGCUAAGAAACGCUGCAGCGUUAACUCGUCCCCCUUGUGUAUGUUGCUGCAACGUCCAGGCCCCAAACCCUGUCGGUCCUCAGCCCUGUGUCACGUUCAUAAACAAGACUGUACCUGGGCAUGGCUCACUGACGAGCCCCAACAGAGGCAAAGUCCAGACACGUCCCGCAUUCUGCAGGCUUCCUCAUGUAAGGUUGCGAUAUAUUUCUUGGACGUUAUACUGUGUUCAUAUUCCUGCUCAGCUUGGUACGCGGCUUGGUAUUGAAUGGUUCCAGUGAGCCUACUCGGUGGAUACCAGAAUAAGUUAAACAUUAAAACUGCAUUUUUUCUGUCGUUCAAUGAAAAAUAAGAUGUUGCCUGUUGGUCUUCUCUCGGAAAGAUCGGUUUUAGGAAUGCUGACACAAUUACCACGUCUUCACGAAGGCCAUUCGUUCGGACAUUGAUGAUUCGGUCCGUCGCAGAGAGCAGAAAAUCACGCUUCAGUUGUUAUUGGUGUUGAAGCAACAUUGAGCAGGUGAAAAUAAUUAAGUGAAAUAACUUUUGGCAUUAUGAUAUUUAUGCCAUUCGAAUCACAAAUGUUCACAUUUAAGUCUGUGUACAAUACAUUGUAUAUUUGAGAAAAGCUUAAAGGAGUUAAAGUAGCGUGUGUAGAGUUCCCAAGACGUCUAUGCAGUAGUCGAGGGGUGUGCUCGCGUGGGCCCGGACACGUGGCCAUCGUUGAAAAAAAAUGUUACACACAACAAUAUACACUUCAAAAUAAAUAAAAAGAGAUUAUAAAAUA